UGAUAUAUCAUUAAAAAAUAUAUGUCCACUGUUUAUUCACGUGAUAAUAACAAGUUGAUUAAUUAACUAAACAUUGAAUUAAUUACAAUUAGUAAUUGUUUCAUAAUUUAAGUACUUGGAAGUUUAUUGAAACUUAUAUUUACGUAGUAAACAAUAUUAAAACUUGGUAAAUACACAAUUUUUGUAAUGUUAAAUGCCACUAAGCUACGUGUAAUUUGAUUAAUUUUCUUGACAGAUAAUUAUAUUUACAUGACAGAAAGCUAGGUGGUACUAGUAGUUUCCAACAUGGCUUGUCGGUAAAAAGUAUACGUAUAUGUACUUUACACCCACGAAUAAGAUAAAUAAGUAUAUUUUUUUAUUUCAUUACAAAUACAACUUUAAAUAAUAAUAUAUAGAAUUAUAUUUUUAUAUUGAAAAAAUUUUUAAUAAUUCCUCGCUGUAUUUACAAUGCAUUUAUUAUUUAUUUGCGGUGUGUUAUUGUUGAAUGCUCAUCGAGCAUGCGUGCAAGAGGCUACAGAACAUUUAGAAAAUGAACCAAUCAACAAUAGCAAUAAUGAAACUGCAGUAUUUGAAAAACAACAACAUCUCAAAAAAUUAUUCCAAUCAUUUCGGCGUGAGCAUUUUCACGCUGUACAAAAUAUUAAAAAUUUGCAGUCGUAUGAAAGAAAGUAUAAAAUGAUUGUUAAAAUAAUUGAUCAAAUGGUUAAAAUAAUUACUGAAAAACAAAAAAAUUUUCAAGAUUUCGAAGAUGAUAUGGAUCGUGACAAUUUAUUCUCGGAUGUAAAGCAAACAGAUUCUUUAUUCGCUCUCUCAGAAAAUACGGCAUUAUUUAGUGAUAUAGUGCUGCAAAUCCCAGAUAUAACUCGACGAAUAUUGAAGAAACAAAAAACCUCGUUUGAUUCCCUGAAGUGGUCGAUGAUAUUUAUUAACAAAAACCGGUAUCUUUUGGAUCAACCGACUAUUGAAAUAUUGGACCUAGCAUUACAAGAACUCAAUAUAAUAAGCCGUGAGCCAAAUUAUUCAAAUCCUUACGUGCAGAAUAAGAAGGGAAGGUCAUCAGUGAAAGGCAAAACUGCGGAAAAACAAAGAAAAACAAUAAAAAAACAUAAACCAGGCCCUCAAAUAGCUCGAGUAGAAUUAUAAAUCUUAACCACAUAAAUAAAUAUGAUAUAAAUGAAAUUCCAUAAUAAAUAUUUGUUACUUUUUUUGCUUAUUGUGAGCUGAUUGUAAUCGAUAUGUCUGGGUAAAACCUGAUGGCUCGGUUUAUCAGUAUUUGUGUCAUCAAUGUCCGGCUAAAAUAAGAGAAACCUGAUGGAACUACCAAAC